GUGAAUAUGAUGGUGGAUGAGGACUGUCUUGAACAGUCUACUUAUAUCUCCCUUCCGGAGACGCGUGAACUGAUUGAGCGCAACUGGAGCAACGGUACAUCGAAUAUUCCCGUGUCCUUGUCAUGACCCAUUUCACACUUGCAACGCUCUCAACCCCGGCAGGCUUGACCGCCGCGAUCGGGGUUGGCGACAACUUCUAUCCGUUGAGGCAGACGCAAGAAUUUCAAGAUGCCACGGUCCGAUCGCUGCUCGAGGACUGGACUCCCUCUCUGGCGAAGCUGGAGAAGCUUGCCGAGGCGGCGCAGGCCGGCCAACUCUCGCAAAGGAUCCCCGCCGGCGAAGCCACGUUGGAGACGCCCGUCCGGUAUCCCAACAAGGUGGCGUGCGCGGGCGCCAACUUCACCUCCCAUCUGAAGGAGAUGGGCUUCACCGAUCUGGGCAAGUGGGACAUUCUCCCCGUCUUCCUCGCUCCACCGACCACGACGCUGGUCGGGCCCGGCACGACCGUCAAGGUCCCGCGCACGACGAAGGAAUUCGACUGGGAACUCGAGAUGGUGGUGGUGGUCGGCAAACGGCUGCGACAUGCGUCGCGGGAGGAGGCGGCGGCGGCGAUCGCGGGAUACAUGGUGGGCCUGGAUCUGUCGUGCCGGGACCUGGCCAUCUGUGACAACCAGCUGAAGAUCGACUUCAUGCGUGGCAAGCUCCAGGACACCAUGAAGCCCGCCGGCCCCGUCUUCGUGCCGGCCAAGUUCGUCCCCGACCCGGACAACCUCAGGAUGACCCUCCUGGUCAACGGCCGGAAGAUGCAGGAUGCUUCGACAAACGAAAUGCUCUUCAAGUGUGAUGAGAUCCUGGCCGCUACGAGCAGUCACGUCACCCUCGAGCCCGGCGAUCUCGUCUAUACCGGAACUCCCAGCGGCCAAGCGAAAUCCCACGGUGUGCCCUUCCUCAAGGCCGGGGACAAGAUUUGUGGACGCAUUGAGGGUAUCGGGGAGCUCAAUGUCACGCUCAAGUCUGAUGAUUAA